AUACAACAGCUAAACAUUUGGCAUUACUUUCACUGCAGUUGGGUAUGGUUGGUUAGUUGGCGAACUCGACUGGGAGACGAGAAAAGAGCGGGGAACCACAGUCGUGAGUUACAAGGUAAUCUAGUCAAGGAACAAAUUUUAGUCGACACUAAGUGAACUAUAAUCAGUCGUAAAAUGUCUUAAAAGUGUGAUGAAAAUCAUGGUGUUAGGGAAAAUUAUAUUUAGGCUGGUGUUCGCUGUAUUCUUGUUGUUCUUUAUCGUUACUGAUUAUUCGGGGAUUUUGCACAAAUUGAUCGGUGGAAAUUCAUCGGAAGAUAGGACUGUUACGCCGCGACCUACUAAUCCAGGCUAUGGGGAUUCGAAGACUGACAUAGAUAUAGAUGCUGAUAUUGAAGAGGACUCCGUCAAACAUCUAGGUUCUCAAUCAUCAAAAUCGAAAUUGUUGAAGACCAUUAAGAAAGCAUGUUUGCCGAAGCUCAUUUGUGAAUUGACUUCUUCCGCUACUCCAGAAAAACUCACGGACUCCGAAAAGUCACUCCUCAGUUUACUAAGGGAUACGACGAUUAGCACGACUGCGGAAUUGACAUCAAAAUACCAUUUCGCCGCACACAUGGGUCAACUAAUAAACGGAGUCGACGGAAACGGUUGCCAUAAUUUUUUCCCGAAAUGUCCCUUUCCAGGAUUACAGGUCCUGCAGAUGAUGAAAAAAGUCAGAAUGCGCUAGCGCUCGGGAUCCCCUACUUGAUGAAAGAAGGAAAUCGUUUUUAUAAAACAUCUUCAAUUUCAGAAAAGCAUUUCCCUUUAAUGAUUCGAUUUUUUUCAGGGUGCGAUCGACCGAGAAAGUUUAUGACAAUGAUAAUAAAAUUUGUUUCGACACAUUAUACGAUUAUUGAAUUGACUUGAAAUCAAUGACUGACUUUUUAAUAACUAAUUAUAUCAAUGAGAAACUGCUCUGGGAGCGACUUAAGUUAUUGUGAUAAUUUAAUUUGUAAGAAUUGUACAUUUGUUAAUAGUGUAAUAAAAUCGAUGUUUUUAUUUAUAUUGUAAAUGAAAUUGGUGAAAAAUUAUGCAGGGAGGGAUCCAUUUCCUACUUACCACUUUAUUUAUUUUCAUUCUUCUUCCUCUAUUAUUCUUUUUUCACUUUAAUGUAGAACUAAUGUUGUCACAUUAUUUAGCGAGCAAAAUUUUAUGAAAAGUAUGAAAAAAAUAAAUUUAAAUAAUUAAGCUUGAUUCCAUAAGUUCUACAUCAGGAAAUGGUUUUUAA